AUGGCGGCUGCUUCAACGACGAAGGCCUCGCAACGGAGCCGGGCGCCUUUUGUCAACCUCUUCGACCUGCCGGAGCUGAUGCCGGGAGCGCAGCCUUCCGCCAAUCCUGCGCAGCGUGAAGAGUUCGAGAACCGUUGCCGCCAGCUGCAUCGGGACGAGGAGCAGGAGCGACUGGACCGACUGGAGAAGGCCUACCAGCAACGUGCUGCCGCGGCACCCGACCUCACUUCCACCAGUGAACUGGAGGCCAUGUUUCCGACGUUGGACGCGGAGCUCGUUCGCUCCAUCCACGCAGAGGCUCAGACGCCCCAGGAUGCCGUGGAUACACUCUUGGCCCUCACCCUGGCCGCAGAGCCUCUCGAGGCACUCCCUACCUUGCCUCCGCGGGAAGUUGGCAUGGAUGAUCACGACAAGUUCCCAGCCCUAACAGACGCAGAGGGCUGGCAGGUUGCCAACCAAAAACUGUUUGAUCGGGACCCGGAGGAGGACCUUGGCUCUGCUUGGCGAGACCGUGCAAAGGCCGCGCAGGAUAUGCCCGCCCCGAAGGCCGAUUCUGCCGAGGAUGGAUUGGAUUUCUGA